CGUCCUUAAGUAUGCGAGCGUGAUUGGACGAACUGGCGGUAUAAAACGAUGCGUCUAACAGUUGGUGCGAUCAUAUACCGAGUAGUGUGCGACAAGUGUGGACUGCAAAUAACAGAGCUCAUCGUACAAUAACUAUGUCGUCGAUUUUGAGCAUACUCUUAAUCAUAACUGUAGGAUUAGUGUUUUCUUCCAAUGGACAAUGUACAAAUAACGCGGACUGUUUAUCAGAUGAAUGCUGUUUGCUAGGACCUAUGAGAUACUCGACGCCAACUUGUAUACCGUAUCAAAAAAAGGGCGACCAAUGUCGAGUAAAUGCCGAAUUCGUUACUACCAACUUAACGUACCCAAAUAAUUCGCAUCUGGAAGUUAAGAAUGUAAGUUACAUCUUAUGUCCUUGCGUCAAGGAAACAUCCUGCAAUAAAGAAACGGGCAUCUGCGAUUAGAAGUGCACCUUUUCAUCACUUGAAGAAAUCACUGGGUUGCUCAGGAUUUUCUAUGCUGAAAAAGAAUUUAAUAAAAAAUAAAUAAAAUAUUAAUUGUUA